UUGUAUUGUAGGUGUUCUCACUCAUACUAUUUCAUACAUAUCACUUGAUACAGCAAGUUGUCUAGUGAUCAUGUUUUUUACAGUCUUUUAAAUUUUAAAUAGAUAAAAUUUUAAUGGUUAGAAUUUAAGUUAUAAAUAAUAUGACAGUGAUAUAACAAAUACUAGUUUAAUUCAUAAGAAGUGAAAUUAUAAGAAAUUAUACAUAGUAAAGUAGAUUGUUAAACAAAAUGCCAAAAAAAUUUUUGGGAGAAAACAGCAAAGCUGUUGUAGCAAGAGCUCGCAAAGCAGCUAUGAAGGAAGCUGAAUUAUCAAAAAAGGCUCAAGAAGCUGAAGAUAAAGCUUGGCAAGAUGAUGAUAAACAAGUAUUGAAAAAGAAACAAAAACAAGAAGAAAUGGAGAAAAAACGACUGCAACAAUUAGAAAAAAAAGCAGAAGUAAAAGCAUUAUUAGAAAAAGAAAUGGCUACUAUAAAAGUAAGUAGUAAACAACCACCUUCAAAGAUUACUAGGGCUGAAAUUACAGCAGCAACAGAAAAACGAAAUCAAGUAACUACUAAUAAGAAAGAAGAGCAUAAACCUAUCGAAGAAAAUUUGAAUAGAAUAACUGUAGAAGGUGAAACAGCACAUGGAAUUGAUGAAGCUUUAUCAAUAUUGAGUUUGAAAGAUCCGGAAAUUGACCGACAUCCAGAGAAACGUGUGAAGGCAGCCUAUGCAAGUUUCGAAGAACGUAUGAUGCCCAUUAUCAAGGAACAAAAUCCAACAUUAAGGCUAAGUCAAUUAAAGCAAAUAUUAAAAAAAGAAUGGAUGAAAUCUCCUGAAAACCCACUCAAUCAAAGACUUCUAAAUCACUGAUCAUUAAGCCUCAAUUUGAACAAGUAAUGUGGUAGACUUAGAUAGAAAUUUUUAAAAAAUAAAUUUAAAUCCAAUAA